CUUGUAUUGAUCAUGUUGAUGGCUUGUGUUUCAAAAAAGGUUUUCAUUGCUUUAGAAAUUAUUUCUGAACAUACAAAGAGGGUUUUUAACUUUCCUGAAUGAGAUAGAAGCAGGAAGAAUCGGUCGUACUUGUUAAUCAAACCGUAUUCAGCUGAACAUCGUCCUUGUAAACAAGAUGGAGGACCCAAGGUUCACACGUGUUGCCCAAGAUCCUCGCUUCAAAGUGAGUAACCAUCUACUUAAUCUCCUUCAUUAACUUGCAGGUUUAUUCUUUAUCCAUGAAAUAAGAAGAGAGUUUGUCUGAAAUCGUACUGAAUACUGAAUGUCUUCCAGUUCAGUACUGUGUAUGUCAUGUUUCAUUGUCAAAAAGCGUAAAAUGCUUUUUAUCUCCGGUAAUUUUUUGUUUUGUUUUUGGGUAUGGUAGUGUAUGCUAAUGAAGUUGAAACAAAGGGAAAAUAAAAAUAACCUGAGAUGAAAAUUUGCUACAACAUACAUAUCGGGUAAUAAUCAUUUUUUGCUACUUGUUUGUUGAUACUUGAUUGCUAGAAAUUUUGGUUUAAUCUUAAUGUUUCUUUAUUCAGAAAAUCUCCCGCAAAGAGAGGAAACUUAAGAUCGAUGGACGGUUUGAGAAAAUGUUUACGGAUAAAAGCUUCACAACAAAGUGUAAGUAAUAGAGAGGUCUUGUAUCUACAUGUUAAUGAAGGUUUUGACUGCAUGGGUAUCCUGUGGCAUCUUUAGAAGAAGAAACAAUACAAAUUAUAAAGUGUAAAAUGUCAAUAUAUUGGUAGAGGUAACAGCAUGAUUUGUAGUGAUAUUUGGCAUAAAUACCACAAGUGAUAUUUCAAAAUUGUUAUACGUAAUUUCACAAGCCGCUAGGUGAGUGAAAUUUGAGACAAUUUUGAAAUAUCAUGAGUGUUAUUUAUGCCAAAUAUCACGUACAAAUCAUGCUAUUAUUUGUUUAUACUACUACCCGCAAAAGGUUUGUAAUUUUCACAUGUAAGUAUUUCAAAUUAAGCUGAACCACUGCUCUAAGCCAAUCAAAUUGCAGAAAUUUGUCAUGUAGUGGUAUAAUAAUGUAAAUAUAUAUUUUUACCCACAGAUUUUGUUGACAAACGUGGCUCAAGAGUUGAGAAAACAUCAACAGAAGAUCUCCACAGAUUUUAUGAAAUGUCAGAUGAAUCUGACAAAGGUAGGUUAAUUUCCACUGUCAAUGAAAGUAUCAUUAACUAAAUAAUUUACCCAUAAGCUUUUUAGUCUUGCCUUAAAAAUGAACCUAUUUUGUUGUUUGGUUUUGUAGAAGAUGAGGAUGAGGAAAUUCAACCAAAACAAAAGGAAAGAAAGGAAGUCACAGAGAAAAAACUUGCAAAGAGGUGCUGAAUGAAGACCAUCAUUUUCUUUAGCCCAUGUUACAGUUUUGGUGGAAACGAGGCUCGAGUUGACCUUGUUUUGAUACAACCCUUCCUGCUUUAUCAUGUAAAUCAUGUUGUUUUCAUGCUAAGUAGUAAUUUUAAGCUAAAUUUGCAUUAGAAAAGAGAGUGCACUUGUAUCAAAACAAGGUCAACCUCAGCCUCAAGUUUACUCAAAGAUAACAGACACUAAGCCCACAACUGCCAAAUGGCCUAUUUACUGUCUUGUUAAGCCUUUUACUUCUAACAAUAACUGAUGUGACAAUUGGCAAUAAUUCUUAAUAUCUUCUUGUUAACGACUAAACAGAGAGCUAAAGUAAUGGGUCCAUGAAGAAAAAUGUUUGUGGCUCAAAGAAUGACCAAAGCAUUUGUCAAAGAGUUAAUGAAAUGUCGGAAAGCUAAUAUUGUUUAAUAUUAUUAUUGCCAUUGACACCAAAGUUUGUUUUUUUUAGCAAAUCUAAGAAAGAAAAGGCAAUUAAAAAAGAUGGCAGGAAAAUGAAAGAGAAACUACAAAUGCAAGAAAAUGAUGAUAACAAAGGGGUGGGUAAGAAAAGUUCCAAAAAAAUAAGAAGCAAGAAGGAAGAUGAAGAUGAGAAUGGCAGCAGUUCAGAGGAGGAUAUAGAUCUCAGUAGGGGAGAAGGAGAUGUUCAAUCGUCUUCUGAAGAAGAGGAUGAAGGGCAACUAAAGUUGAAAAUAAAAGAGGUGAGUAUAUAUUAUUACCUACUGUUGUAACAUUACUAUCAGGCGCAAAUUUACACCGGUUUUUACAUUUUAUGGAAAAUGGGCAGAUUUCUCAGAAUCAUUAUUUUAAUGUUUUUUUCAAAUAAAAGAAAAUUUCAAACUCUCUGGUACUGAUACGCUCAGUCUAUGGUGAAUGUUCUACCAGAGUAACUCAAAGACCCCCUUCUGAGUAAAGCCAAGCCAAGAAAAGGUACUCAAGGGAGUUAAAUCUGAAAACUUUCCCAAACGUCGCUUGGCACUUGUUGUUUCAGAAAACAAUCACUAUUUUUCCUAGAUCUGCCUAUGAUUAUUUAUGCUACCAUGACAAAUUCCAGCUAGUUGAUUGGUUUACCAGUUCCUUAAUCUUAUUGGAUGGAAAAUAUCAGGGCCACUUACCUGUAAAUGUUAUUAUUGUAUAAUAAUUAAUAUUUAUUGAUAUAACAGGAUGAAAUUGAGCACCCAUGGGGUGAAAUGGAUGUUUCAACAAAAACAACAAAAGAUUCAACAAGACGUCUUGCGGUGUGCAACCUGGAUUGGGACAGAGUAACUGCAACAGACCUGUUUGGUAAGUUACAUACUCAGGUUCUCCUUCCCCUCUUUAUCUCCCUUCAUUUAGUGUUAUUUGAUGCAAGAUACAUGUAGUAGGGACUCUCAGCCUGGACUACAUGUACAAGUUAUUUUAAUGCCUGUAUUGAACAAAUACAUUUUUUAUUGCCACUGUUUUAAUUAAUCUGGUCUUUUGAUUAUUUCUUAGUGUUGUUUAAUUCCUUCAAGCCUAGGGAUGGUGUCAUAAAAUCAGUCAAGGUAACUUAAAUAUUUUAUCAACUUCUCCCCACUACUUCUGUAGGAAAUGAAUAGGUGCAGCAAAUGAGAAUUCAAAUUUUGAUCUUAGGGUUUAAAGGGUUAAACUCUACUCUUUGUUCUAGAUAAGAGGAAGUCUUUCUUCAGGCCUGCAGUUUACGCAUGCAAUUUCUUUUGCAAUAAUAUUUUUCUGGUGCUCAAAGUCAUAAAAUUAUUGCAGUGUAAACUAGUAGUGAUUUUUAGUGCAGUUGGUCACUGUGAACAUUGUGAAUGAAUGACACGGUAUUUUAGUAGGGAAUAUAAUAAUAUUACAGUCAGACUGUAGUCUCCCUUAUGGUCCUAAAAUACAACAAUUACUAACAUAUUAAAAUGCUUAAUACUUAAGUACUAAAAGUCUAAAGAUAUUAAAUAAUAAAAUAUCAAGUUCUUUAAAAAAACUAGAAAAGUUAUGUCAAUUCUAAAGCUCUCAAGUGUGAAUUUACAGUAAGUCAUUUUACAGUUAUGUUGCUGCCUCAAUAGUUUUUCUGUAAUAACAAUAAAUAUUUACUAGAGUAUUUUGUUUCCACUGCAGAUUUAUCCUUCUGAUUAUGGCUUGGAACAAAUGCAAAAAGAGGAGUGCUUUGGACCUGUUGAACUGAAAGAUGAUGAGGAUGAAAGUGAAAACUUGGGUGAAAAUGGAAAUACAGAGGUAAGAUGUAAAGAUUUUUGGUCUUACUCAGCAUAAUGAACAGAUUGAAACUAAUAAUAAUUUAAGAGAAGGAAUCCAGUGCAAUAGACUGUUGUUCAAUAGUUGUUAUGACAUGCAACCGAUCUUUUUCUUAAUCCUUCAGGGCUCAGGGUUUUCCAUGGAGAAACUUCGCCAAUACCAGUUAAACAGGCUUAAGUAUUACUAUGCAGUGAUGGAUUGUGAUUCACCAGGUAUGGCUUAAUAGGGGUAGGAAAGGUAUACCUAUGAAAGGCCCUCACCUUCCUCUGUGAGACAGUGCUACAUAAAAGUCCAGCUAUCUCUUCAUGCAUACCUGGAGACACAGUGCAGAGGAGGUCAGGCUGGAAAGCUGUAACCCUUCAGCAAACACUAGAGACCAGGCUGUUACCUGAUGUAGUUGGGGCAGGGCUUGUUUUCUCAGCCACCAGCAUGCUUCCACUAGGGACCUUUUACUUCCUGAAAUCUUUGUUUGCAAACCCAAGCCAUGAGAUAGAGGACACAAAUCUCUGCCCUUCAGUUGAUGAACAAAUAGCCCACUAUAUAAAGUGUGUUUAACUUACAUCUGACUUUACAGGUUUAGGUGUAAUUAAACCCUUAUGAAAAAGUAAACUCUUACACAUGUACUGAACACAUAUUUUUCAUUACUAGAUUUUAUUUCACUAUUACAUUGUCAAAGCAGUCAGUAAAAAAGCUACUUUACAUUAUUACUGUAUUGUAAUUGUUUUAUUCUAUAUAGCUCGAGGUAAUUAUUUUCCAUGCAUAACACCGUUGCAUAUUGGACAAUUUUUAAGUUACCACUUUUCCUUUUUUAUGUCAGGGACUGCUGAAGUUCUGUAUGAUGAAUGUGAUGGAACAGAGUUUGAACUGAGUGGUAAUAUACUUGACCUUAGGUAUAUCCCAGAUGACAUGGAGUUUGACCAUGAAACACACUCAGUUGCCACAGGGCUACCAGCCUCAGGGAUGUAUAGUGCCCCAGAGUAA